ACGUGAUGGAGGCGCCGCCUGACGGGCGGCCGGGCGGCGGUAUGGCGGCUGCGGGGGUAGGGGCCGAGGCGGCGGUGGGCCGCUCCGGCGGGGACAGCGGGAACGUCUCGCAGAGCCACAGCAACGCCUCCGGGCUGGGCGGGCUGGAGGACGAGGAGGGGGACGCGCUGGACGCGUCGCUCAGCGCGACCGCCGCCGCCUAUAGCGCGUACCUGCUGGUCGAGCGUAGCGCCUUCAGCGAGCAGGUGGAAAGCUUAGAGAAGAGCCUGGAAGAGCUGCUGACGAGAGUGGAUGAGUUUGUGGGGAUGCUGGACAUGAUCCGAAGUGAUUCGUCCCAAGUUGUCAAUGAGAGCAUACCUGAGAUUUACACCAAAGCUACAGAGAUGAGGCAGAUAUACAGGAGGAUCGACAAGCUGGAGGCUUUUGUGAAGAUGAUUGCAAACCAUGUGGCUGGAAUGGAAGAGCGGGUUGUAAAGGCAGAAUCAGACCUUGGAGCUUUUCCAAGCACAUUCAAGAAAAUCCUGCACACGAUCAGCAUACCGUCCUUCCGUAACAGUUCUCAGUCUUAAUCCAAAAAAAAACCCCCAAAACUCACAAGUUCUGCCAAGGUUUUGAGUUGUGCUCCAGAGUAAGUUUGAAUAUAUGAAGAAGGAAACAUGAAGGGCCCAAUAAGGACAUGUAAUGAGCAUGCCUGUAUUGAAGCAUCCCUGAUCUCUGACAGUAUGCAAAGCAGGUAGGAAGAGCCUGUACAGAUGAUACUGUUGAAGUGCUAUGAUGCAUUAAUGCAAUUGCUGCCAAAAUGUUAGCAGAAUAGGAAGUAAAAGCUGUACUGCACGGUAUACUUAAUUAAAGGUUCUCUUUAUCCACAGUCUGCACAGUUUGGUAAUGGCAUUAGCAUCUUGUCAAACUGUCUAAAAGGGCUGUGUUUUUUUCUACCCUCCCUCAUGACUACAUGUGGUCUGUUUUUCUGCAGAAGAUGUGAGGUACUCUCUGUAGAAUGUUUCAAGGUGAUGGCCAUACCCAAGCCUUAAAAAACUGACACGAUGCACUACUUUUUAAAAUGAAACUGGAAUGAAAAAAUAAAUAAAUGAAAUCUUCUGGCCCUAAUACGAGCACCUUACACUUCUUGUCAUCAUCUGCUGUAAUGUACUAUAUGCCAAAUUUAGGUAUGUCUCUCUGCGUCUUGUCAGCAUCCAGUCUUUCCUUUAUCCUUUCCUAUAUUCAUCCCAUACUAGCUCAGGUCUCUACCUCAUACUAGUGAGAAUACUGAAAAAAAGUUGGUUUGUGGAGGGGGAGAGGAAGGUGUGACUGCUGAAGUGUUAUUUGUUACGUAUUGUAACUAUGUGUGGCAGCAAAUGAAUAAAUAAAUAAAAAUCUAAAAAGAAUAUUGCCUUGGUAAGACUUGCAGCAAAGAAUGAACAGUUUUCCUGAACCAAGUCAUUAACUUCCAGGUCCCUCAUUUUCUUCAGUGUUUAAGUUCAGUGAGGUCAUUUCUUUCUAAAAUAACUAAUGAAAUACAUGAACAACAUGCAAAACAUCACAACUGCUACUUAUGGGCUAAUUAGAAAAGCAAACAACAACUCUGCAGCUGUGGGUAGGAGCAUCAUAGCUUUAAACUUCAGCCUUGAAAAGUAUUCAACAGGGUUUUCUACAAAGCCUUCAGUUUAAAAGGCUGAGAGUUGUAAUAAAAUGCUGUUCCAUGUUGCAUGGGAACAUUUUGUCAGCAGUUUUUCAGCAAUUAAUAGGGUGGAAAGUCUUCGAAGCAGUCAGCAAAUUGAGCCUGUUACUUGGUUUGAGAACGGGUAGCAAUAUAAUACGUGCUCAGAACUUAAUGGUUGUAAUUGAUUAAAUAAAAGCUGCAUGACUGUUCCACAAGGAAACUACGUAUUAUGUAGUAAAAGACGUAUUUUCAUUAAUAAACACACUCAUGAAUGAGUGAAAAUGCAUGUAGAGAUUUCUCCCCACGCCUUUUGUUUAACUAACUCACACUGUGCAUCAGCCCUCUGGAAAAGAAUGCUGUACCAAUGUCAUGAUUGUCACUGCAGCUCUUGGUUUUCCUGCAAAAAAUUGAAGUCAGCUCCCCUCACUCUCUUCCCACGUAAAUGUGUCUGUUUCUUUACGCAAAGAAUAUGUUCUGUAUUUCGUAAGCUGUGUGUCUGUAAUCUCACUUUCAGAUUUUGCCCCAAGUUCUUCCCUUGUGAAUACCGGGCAAUGUAGAGUACAGUACUGUAAGACCUCUAAUAUCACUAAAGAUGUAGGCACUCUCAAAAGGUAAAGAUGCCUGCUAAGAGGCUGCAGAAAUAAUUCUUCAUAAAUGUAUACUUAGGCAACUGUGGGUACUGUGUCUGCCUGUGAAUGAGAUUAUCCCCUUCCUGCACGUAUGCAAUCAUAGUGCAUCUUCAGUCAGCGUUAUGAGCUGCGGUGUUUUCCUGUAGACCAUUACACGAUAGGAAAUAUCUGAUUUCAAAGAUUGCUUUGACUUUUGGCAAAAUUCUGAGACACACAAUUUUGGUAAGUAUAGAUUUACCCUUAGCUUAUAUAUUUUAUUUCUACUUUUCUUAGUGACAUGCGGGUGGCAAAACAAUGUCAGCUUCAGAGAAAUGUGUGGCAUUGUAAAGUUAAAUACAAUUUCAGUAUCCUAAAUCAGCAAUGUGUAACACUGAGACUCCCUGUUUGGAAUAGAUUUGCAUAUAAAUACGAUAAUGAGAACCUCUUGCAUUCGAUUUGAAAGAAGUACACAGCUUAAUUGUAUGCUGGAAAAAACAAUCCAUUCAUCUGUUUCGUGGGUGUACUCCUAAGCUUCAAGUAUGCUACUGUUAACUCCUUACCAUUGAUGAAGACUCUUAAUCUCUUUGCUCCAGACAGGCAAAAAAAGUAGCUGAAAGACUUUAUGUACAAACUGAGAGCUCUGCAGAACUGUUUAUCAGAUUCUGUCAUGGGUUCGUAAGAAUUAUUAAUGAAUGAAAAUGUGAUUUUUAAGCCUUUUCUUUAAGGUCAUACGUUGAAAAUGUGCCCUGGCUCCGUGUUGCCGUGCAGCAUUAUUUACAUACAAGAACGCUGACAGAAUAGUCAGUAGUGGUCUGUGCCGUUGUCCACUUGAGCUGUUUGUUAUAGCUAAACAAUGCAGACUUAUAAUAAUUAUGUGAUAUAUAGAGAGUAUUUAAAAUGAAUGUGUACACUUUUCCUGAAAAGCAGCACAACUCUUUCCUUGUUCACUACUGUAUUAUUUUAACAGUAGCUCAUAGUACGUAUAUUCUAAUGUAUGCUUGAUGAAAAAGCUCAGCAGGAGCAGCGAACCUGGAAGAAACACCUACUAGGUUUGUUUUCAUAAGAGGACUGUUUUAGCUAAAUAAGUGAGAAUACAGGCUGAGGUUAACUCAAAAGAAGCAGCUGAGGAAAACUCAGAAGGCUGGAGCAGGAAAGGUAAAGGUUUGUGGAGCAAAAGGAAGAAGGUUAUAAUGUCUGAACUGUUUCCCAUUUGGCUCCUGCAAAAGCUGGCAUGUUUUACACUUUUCAAGUCUGAGUUUGUUUAGGUGAUAAAAGGGCAAAAGCCAGAGUAACCCAAAGAAUAAGUCAGAGCCAUCUGAGCUGCAAUUUAAAGUUCGCCUGAGUGAGGGAUAUGGCUUUAAAACUCCUUUUGUUUUGCAUUUUAGUUCUGUAGGUUUUCUUCUGAAGCUUGAAUUCUUAUGAAAGCAAAAAAUAAACUUUAUCUGAUUUGCAGAAAUCGUCUUCCUCACGACAGCAGACUGCCUAUGAGCCUCCUGUCCUCUUCAAGACUGAA